ACAAUUUAAAUAUUAACGAUAAACACAUAUGAAACAGAGAGAACUGCACGCUCACGGCGCACCAAACUUUAACAGUAACACUAUCGGCAUCAUGGGACGUACCGCCAGUCUAGUCACUAUUCUAGUGGUGGCCAUGUUUAGAGUUUCUUCAGGAUCAGUGGAGGCCGGAUGGGAAGUUGUGCGUCCGCUCAGUAAGAGUAUUUUCCAGUUAAAGUCGGCGGAGAAAUCCCCCGUUGGAGACUGUUUCAGAUUUAACGCUGUCAUUGAGGCUCCCAGAAACACGACCACAAUUAACCAAUACUCGAAAUGGACGAUUCUUUCAGGUGAAAGUACUCAAACUCCAAACUAUGAACUCGUCAUUUACAAACCCAGUGUAUACUGCCUAGUUAAUGGAGACAAACUGAUAUCGGGCUCGGAGACCAUCAGCAUAAUGUGGACUUACCCUACUGAAGAAAAUUUACAAACUGUCUUUCCGUUCAAUAACUGCACGGUCCAAAUCCUUAGACAGGAAACCGACAAAGUAGUAUCGUUUAAAGCUUUCAUGAAGUUAUGCAGUGGCAAUUAUGUGUUUUGGCCCGAAAUCGGCGUGAAAAGCCGUCAGAAGUGGGACAUAACAAGUAACGAUCGAAAAUAUUUCAAACAGGAGUGGAGGAAGAUCGUUUCAACACCUGGGGAACUACGAGGCGCCACGUCAGUUGCUGCUCAUUUUGAUAAGGUGGCCCUACGUAAAGACAACAUGAGCCUGAAGGAAUUCACAUUCCGUGUUUAUCAGCGCCAGGCUGAUUGGGAAGUCGUGGGCGUAACGUUGAAGAUUGAUCUUCUCCCUGUGUUUUGAUUGUUCAGAUAUCUUUCGUAUCUCGUUCAUUCAAUAAAAUACAUGUGCAAACUGA